AUGAUUUCCAAAACCAUCUCAUAUAGGACAAGUAGUGAGGAUGACGACUGCUUGGUCACUGUGCGCUACAUUGGCGCUAUAUUUUACCUUCGAUGGUCGCCAAGCGAUCUUGCUUUAGUACCCGAUCUGUUGAGCAAUUAUUUAGCUCAACUUGAACAACUAAAGGAUGACGAUGUUUACGCCGAUUACUCCGGACUUGUGCUGCCUUUCAAACCUCUCAUGGACCAACUAGCCCCAACAGGCAGACAAGUUCCAUUUACCCUCUACGAGUACCUGUAUCCUCAAUGGUUUCAGCUCAAAGCAACUGCCGCUAAGGAUUGCCAGACCAUACUGCCAGUACAAUUAAAGGGGGAGGACCCCUUCUGUCGGCUUGGCAUACCAACUAGCAGUUUCCAGUUAGACAAACUGGAUCUCAACAACUGGGUACCUCGAUGGUUCUCGUCACACGAUAUUGAACUUCCCGCAGACGCAAAGGAGCAUCCACUCUUACAGAGCCCGUCCAGAGUGAUAGAAAGGCAGUCGCAGACGGAGUGCUUCUUUAAAGGCCUCGGCCCAGGACACAAGGGGACCAUUGACGAGCUUGUGGCGUUUCGUGCCAUCGACGAAGCCACCAAGCGGGGAGCUCUUGCUCCUGAUGCCCGGAUCUGCCGUCUAUAUGGUCUUAUCAUAGACACGCUAGGCCCACGUGCGCCAGACCAACGUAUAGUUGGCAUGCUACUGAAUUACAUAGAGCCUAAACGACACGGCAUCCUCGGAACUCUCCAUUACAUUGCAUACGACGAGCAGAAUCACAAGCACUUCCAUAGCUGGGCCGACGACCUCAGCGAUACCCUUGGUCAGCUAUAUCAAGCUGGAUGCGUAUGGGGGGAUGCUAAACCAGAGAAUGUGCUUGUUGACAAGGAUAAUAAGGUUUAG